AUGGCCCUGUUCAAGACUGUUCUGCUUAUCGGAGCAGGUGGAAACCUAGGUGUCCCUGUCCUUGAAGCAUUCUUAGCCUCUCCAUACAAAGUCAGCGUUUUGACCCGCAAAGAGUCGACAUCAACAUUCCCUGAAGGCGUGCCUGUCUUCAAAGCCGACUAUACCGAUGUAUCCUCGAUCAAGCUUGCAAUGGAAGGUCAGGAUAUGGUAAUUAGCAUGGUCGGCGGCAUCGCCGCAGGAGACCAACAGGUAUUCAUCGAUGCCGCCCUCGCCGCCGGUGUGAAAAGAUUCUUGCCUAGCGAGUUCGGUCCCUAUUCGCGGAACCCCGAAUUUGCCGCACUGAACCCUGUCGUUUUACCAGCCAAGGCGGGUACUGUCGACUAUCUCCGAUCAAAACAGCCAUUGAUUUCUUGGUCGAGUCUUGUUACCGGCGCAUUCUUCGACUGGGCCAUGAAAGUCGGAUUCUUCGGCUUCGACCUCGCCUCAAAAACCGUGACUCUCAUCGACGGCGGCACGUCGGUUUUCACUACUACAACCUUGUCGACAAUCGGGAAGGCCCUUGUUGCCAUACUCGAACACCGGGGCGAGACGAAGAACCAAUACAUCUUUGUAUCAUCCUUCAAUGUCAGCCAGAAAGACAUUCUAGAUGUGGUUGAGAAGGUCGAUGGCCAGAAAUGGACGGUAAAGCAUGUUACGUCCGAGGAGGUCAUCAAUAAUGGCAAGAGAAGGCUUGCGGCGGGUGAUUUCGCCGGAAUCAUAGACUUGACUAGGGGUGGGGCAUUUGGCAAACAGGCACUGGGAGAUGAGAGUUCACAUGGGUUCUGGAACGACAAGUUAGGGCUCCCAAAAGAGGAUAUAGAACAGACUAUUAGAGAUCUGCUCUAG